GCUGUGUUCCAGCAUGUAAUAUGCAGGUAGCUUUAGCCCUGCCUACUUUGACGCCAGAGACUGGGCCUAGCAUUGGAUGAAGGUCACAGGAAUGUGAGAUUGGCUCCCGCAGUCUCUCCGUCAGCAACGAGAAGGAAACAUGUAGAGGGAGAUGAGAGGACCCAGAGGAAGCGAAACUGGAAGGAGGAUACAGAACAUUGCUAAUAUGUACACACAGUAGAGGAUGUCCGCAGAUGCGUUCGGAGCCGGGGGCAGCGAUGCCCAGCAAACCCUGCAGUCCUUCUGGCCUCGGGUCAUGGAAGAGAUCAGGAACUUGACUGUGAAGGAUUUUCGCGUGCAGGAGUUACCUCUAGCUCGAAUCAAGAAAAUCAUGAAGCUGGAUGAGGACGUUAAGAUGAUCAGUGCAGAGGCUCCCGUCCUGUUUGCCAAGGCUGCUCAGAUCUUCAUCACAGAGCUCACCCUCAGAGCGUGGAUCCACACCGAGGACAAUAAGAGACGCACUCUACAGAGGAACGACAUUGCCAUGGCAAUAACAAAGUUUGACCAGUUUGACUUCCUGAUUGACAUUGUGCCCCGUGACGACCUGAAGCCACCUAAACGACAGGAGGAGAUGCGUCAGUCAGUAGCCCCAGCAGAGCCGGUGCAGUACUACUUCACUCUGGCCCAGCAGCCUGGAGCUGUACAGGUGCAGGGCACACAACAGGCCCAACAGCCCGGCGCACAAACAGCCACGACCAUCCAGCCUGGACAGAUCAUUAUAGCACAGCCACAGCAAGGACAGAUGCUGCAGGGUGCCACCAUGCAGCAGUUACAGCAAGUGCAGGUGCAAUCACAGGGCACACCCAUCACGAGUGCGCCUGUGGCUAUGCAGGUGAGUGAGGGCCAGCAGGUACAGAUUGUCCAAGCUGCAGCACAGGGUCAAGCUCAGACAGCUCAAGCCCAAGGCCAGACCAUGCAGGUCAUGCAGCAGAUCAUCACCAACACAGGAGAGAUCCAGCAAAUCCCGGUGCAACUGAACACGGGCCAGCUACAAUACAUCCGUUUAGCCCAGCCUGUCUCUGGAGCACAAGUGGUCCAAGGACAGAUUCAGACUCUCGCCAACACCCAGCAGAUCACACAGACAGAGGUACAGCAAGGACAGCAGCAGUUCAACCAGUUUACUGACGGACAGCAGUUGUAUCAGAUUCAGCAAGUGACGAUGCCAGCAGGACAAGAGCUGACCCAGCCAAUGUUUAUUCAGUCCACCAACCAGACGGCUGACACACAGGUCACGCAGGUCAGCACUGAUUGAGCCCAACCAGGAACCUAUUCUCCACACACACAACACGCAUACCAGCCCAUGUGACGCCGACAGAUGCCACCAACUUCGACAAACGGACGCUUGACAACCUUGAUUUUAAGCACUGCUCAUGUAGACAAGGGAACUGAAAUCUUGUAACACUCUUUUUUUGCAAGCAACUUAGUACACUGGAUUAAAAAAAAAAAAAAACAACCAAAGGGACACUGAUUGACUCUCUCAGAAUCUCAUGUUAACUUGCAUCCAUGACACUUUUUGUACUUUUGUCACCCACAUCUGUAGAGAAAAUAUGCAUCCACUGCCACAGUCCCUGACAGCAGUCUCUCCACAGACCAACUCUAUUCUUCCUCUUGUCUCAUUUCAAGGAUUUUUAAAACAUAAAAAAGUGUGUGCUUUAUUCCUGGCACCUUCGUUUCUGUUCUCCAUUUGGAAAUGAAUUGGGGAGUGUCCGUCUGUGUCUACACAACCUGCUCCUGGCAUAUCUGUGGUAGAAGGUAGUCAUUGGAUUCCUCACCUCCUGCUUUCCUUAUGGGAAGACAUGAAUCAUACCCUCUUUUAUUGUUUUCAUGUAGUUGAUGGAUAAAAUGAAGCCAUAUUCCUCAGAUAUCACUUUUUACAGCAGGUCAAUCGAAGGGAUCUCAAGAAGAGGCUAUAAGGUUCAUUAAUAAUUUCAUCUAGUUUCUCUUUUGUGUCGUUUUCCACAUUGACGAUGAAGCAUGACUUUAUGUUGUAAGGGCUUCAAACUGUGUAGGUUAACUGUCUGUGUGUGUGUGUGUGUGUGAGGAUGUGUGUGUGCUUGUAUUUCAAGCUCCCACACCACAUUUCUUUCAUCCACUCUUUCUUCACCCCUCUGUCUUUAGAGCAGGGAAACUUUUCUCUGCCUCUAAGCAGUUUCACCUUUCUACCCGGGUGGUUUUUGGAGUCUUGUGCCCUGGUUUAAGUCUCAUGUACAAACACAUGACUCCGUCUGGAGCAAAAAAACUCCACCCUUUUUAUAGAAGUCUUUUUUUUCAAUACAAGUGUUUUUCUUUUGUUUUUGAGAUGAUGUUUGGCCUCAUUUCUUCCCCAUCAGUUUUUUGUACAGUAAUGAUUAUUAUCAAUGUUCUUAUUAUUGUUAUUUUUGCAUGUAGUUCAAACUGCCAGCAUGACAUGCAAUAGAUAGGUACAAUUUUAUUUUUGACGUUCCUUUUUGUAAACAAACUUUGUUUGUGAGAAAAAAUAAAAAACAUAACUUGUCUUAA